GUGAAGGAGUCAGCCCUCUGCCAUUGUUCUUGUUCUGGAAGUCCUAAAGGACGGCACGGUGGGACGUCGCAGCGCUGGUCGGGUACCGGACGGCGGUCUGUCGUUAUGACGGGCUCCGGUCCAAAGCUCGGGGUGCUUCUGCUGCUGGCGGUCCUGCUGCAGACCGUGGUCGUCACCAUCACCGUGCUGCACUUCACCACGGCUCUCAACUCGAUGAAGGAGACGUUCGCCAGGAGCAGCGUGUCCUGCCUGACGGGCGGCGACCUGCAGAGCAUCACGGCGGUCCGUGGAGACCCGUGCUGGCAGGUCACUCAGCAGCUCCACCUGCUCAUUGAGAAGUCUCUGUCUCAGCGUUACCAGAAGCAGAUCUCAUCGGUCGUCAGAGACGAGGUGUCUCGGGUGCUGCCCUCACUCGUGAUGGUCGACAGGGCUUCACCUCACCCCAAAGUCGCCGCCCACGUCACCGGCAGCUUCGUGCCCAAACUGGAGCGAGAGGCGGGAGGAGCUCCGGUCUCGGCUGGGCGGAGAGUUCAGGGCCAGAAGAUCUCGUGGUGGGAGGGGCAGAAGGGUCUGGCCUUCCUGCAGGACGUCCAGCUGGUGGACGGGGAGCUGGUGGUGCCACUGCCCGGCCUCUACUACGUCUACGCCCAGACGUACUUCAGACACACCCCCUCCCUGGAGGGGGAGGAGGGUGAGGAGGGUGAGGAGGACAGAGGGAGACCUCUGCUGCAGUACGUCUAUAAAAAGGUGAGCUCCUACCCGGUUCCCAUCCUGCUGAUGAAGACGAGCCGGACCUCCUGCUGGUCCCGGGGCUCUGAGUUUUCUCUGUACUCCGCCCACCAGGGCGGCUUGUUCCCGCUCGGCGCCAGAGACCGGCUGUUUGUCACGGUGACCAACGCCUCCGCCGUGGACAUGGACGAGAAGAGCAGCUUCUUUGGGGCGUUUCUCAUCAGCUAGUCUAAAAACAAACAAUGUCGCCGCCUCUUGACUUCCCCUAAAAAUGAAUUCAAAUGAAAAACUGCUACAGGGAGUCACGGGGAAGUCAGUCUCUUUUUUCAGGCUCCCAAACACUUCAUGAUUGGAGAAGAGACCGAUGUGGAUUUCUAGGGUAUUUGAGUGUAUGUUAAUGGGACUCAACAGAUUAGAGUUUCCGUUGUACAAACAUUUCUUUAAGGCAGAAAGUUUUUAAAGGUAACAGAUUUUAUUUUCUUGACCACCAAGGUUGAAUUCCGGUGUUAUUUGCUGUUGAUAUUCCACCGACGCCUGAUUCAUUACUGGCUCUUUUCACAGUGAAUCUUUGAAGCUGAAAAACGCACCAAAAAAAUGCAAAAUGACCCAAGAGCCAACUGCAGGCGGCAACCUCCAGUUCUGCCGAGUGAAGUCAAAGCUU